GCCUGGGUUCAGUGGAAACAGACUGCAGACACACUUGUCAGCCCAGUGCAAGGCAGGACAGCUGGGAACACAGCAGGCUCUGGGGGACACACUCGAGAGGCACAGACUGCAGAACAAGCAUGCGGCAGUGUGAGAAAGUGAUGCUCCUUUUACCCACCUUACUGGCUAUUGCUGGGGCGCAAGAUCACACCUGGGGGAACUCGCGCUUCUCAAAAUGGAAGGACAGGGGGGGCAAGAAUCUGGGCUACAAUGACCUCCAGGAGAUGCAGACCUCAGGAGUGACGGAGUGGACGUCCUGGUUCAACAUCGACCACCCAGGAGGCAGCGGGGACUACGAGCGCCUGGAAGCCAUCCGCUUCUACUACCGCGAGCGGGUGUGCCUGCGGCCCCAGGCCAUCGAGGCGCGCACCACGGACUGGGUGUCAGCGGGGGACACCGGCGAGGUGGUGCACUCCAGCACGGACAAAGGGUUCUGGUGCAUCAACAAGGAGCAGUCGAGGGGCAAGCUCUGCUCCAACUAUCACGUGCGCUUUCAGUGCCCUCUAGCAGAGCAGUCAUACUGGAGCGCGUGGACGGCGUGGAGCGGGUGCUCAGCUACAGCGUGCGGCAGUGCCGGGAUCCAAGCCCGGGAGAGGAGCUGUCUCAGUACCAAGCCCCUGGGUCCACUGCGCUUCCCUGUGUGCGAGGGCAAGCCCAUGGAGAGGAGGGAGUGCGCCACGCCUCCGUGCCCAGAGGCAACGUGGGGUUCCUGGGGCUCCUGGUCGGCCUGUGCUGUGACCUGCGGAGGGGGACACAGGGUCAGGCGCAGGACCUGCGGGACGGCCUCUGAUCGGAAGCGGUGUUUCGGGCGUCGGGUCGAGGUCCGGAAGUGUGGGAAGUCUCCCUGCUCAGCGUGCCGCCGCGUGUGUCAGGAGGGCCGCGUGAACGACGACUGCAGCAGCUGCGUGUGCGACGGCCAUGCCCUGGUCGGGGAGGUCCGUAGCCAGCAGGGGGCGCCACUCCCAGGAGCUGUGGUGUCUCUGCAGGAGCGUCCCAGGCUGACACUGGCCAGGACAGACGAGAGGGGGGCCUUCCGAAUCCAGGGGGUCUGCUCCAGCUCUGCCUCUCGAACACUGUUCACCAUCCAGAGGGAGAAAUACGCCACCCUCACCCUGCCUGCCUUCAGUAACAGCACUGGGAUGUCCUGGAUACACGCCGUGCUGCAGAGAGCCGAGAAGCCAUACAUUGUGAAGCACCCAGAGACUAAAGUGCGUUACGAAGGCCAGCGAGUGACCUUCUGCUGCCUGGCCACAGGGAUCCCCGUGCCAGAGAAAUACUACUGGUACCACAACGGGACCCUGCUGGACAGACAGGUGUACAAGUACGACGACAAUCUGCUCUUGAGGGAUCUCAAGCCCCUGCAGGCAGGAGAGUACCAUUGCAAAGCCAGCAAUGAAAUGGGAGGGAUCAAGUCUUCCCCAGCCAUGCUCACCAUCAUAGGCAAGAAACAGCCAGCCUGUGAACCCAAACCUGAGGACUACCUGAUCAAGCUGCCAAUGGACUGUUUCCAACCCGGGACUGAUUCCCAGUACUACAACGCUGGGCACUGCCCCCACACCAAGUGCGCAGGGUCACUGAACUUCGACCUGCGCUGCAAGGACGGGGAGGACUACUGCUGCGGGGCGAAGCGCAUAGAGACGCGGGAGAUCGACUGCGGCCAGUACACGCUGCCCAUCCGAGCCGUGACCGAGUGCGGUUGCCAGAAAUGCAUCCAGCCCAAAGUUCUGGUCCGGGGGCGUGUGGUGGCAGCAGACACAGACGAGCCUCUCCGGUUCGGGCACAUCUAUAUCGGCAAGGAGCGAGUGGGCAUCACAGGCUACAAAGGCACCUUCACCAUCCAGGUGCCACCAGACACCAAGAGACUAGUGGUCAAAUUCGUGGACAGGCUGCAGAAAUUUGUGGACACGGUCAAGGUGUUCCCGUUCGAUAAGAAGGGAGGGGCCGUUUACCACGAUGUCAAAGUGCUGCGGAAGCAGGAACCGGUAGAUAUUGACUCUGCUAAAGCCACCACUUUAUAUCUAGGAGAGAUCAAAGGGGAGGACCCCAUUGGUCAGAUUGUUAUACCACCCAACUCUUUCCACAAGGCCAAUGGUGAGGUCUAUCAAGGCACUGUCAAGGGCAGUGUGACUUUCCUGGACCCC